GUGGGUCAGAAGCUCCUCCGGCAGAAGCUCAGAUCCUGAUGGAGAAACAUGACGACUCGCUGCUUCAGGGCCGGAGCAGAAGCGAUGCAUGUCGGCCGAUGUGCUCCGUUCCUCCACACCAGCAGAUGAACGAGUGUGUGUCGCCACGUCAGAAUGCUGAAAACGGAGACGAGGAGGAAGGAAACAAAAUGACAAGGUCUGACGCUUUCAUCUCGCUGGACGCUGAGGGUGAUGUCUCUGCAAGAAGAAGAAAAACAACCCUCGUCAGAUCCAAAACACUUGAUCCUUCACUUCUCCUGCAAGUCCAGAGUGACUCUGAAUCCAAGUGUGAACGCAGAAAACCGCAGUCCUGUCAUUCUCUGCGCACUAAUUCCCAGUACCACAAAGUUUUUAAAGACAUAAGCGAAGAUGAGCAUCUGAGACAGAGUUACACGUGCGCCCUGCAGAAGGACAUGCUGUACCAGGGGAGGCUGUUCGUGUCCGACAACUGGAUCUGUUUCCAUUCCAAAGUGUUCGGAAAAGACACUAAGAUUGCGAUUCCAGUGGCUUCAGUGACCGUCAUCAAGAAAACGAAGACGGCCAUCUUGGUGCCGAACGCACUGGAUAUUUCGUCAGCACACGAGCGGCAUGUGUUUGUUUCGUUUCUGUCUCGAGACACGACAUACAAAGUUUUGAUGUCCGUGUGCCCUCAAUUGGUUGAGAAGAGUCCUGGAAUCAGUCAGAACGUCCUGAGAGCAGAUCCGGCGUCUCUGCCCACGGACUUCCCUGCGGAUCUGUCGGAUGUUGACUCUCCGGUCGGACCGACGGCUCAGCUUGUGGACGACAGCAGCAGCUCCGACUGUCCAGAGUCACCGGCAUUCGUGAAAACACAGAAAUUUCCGAAACGAUCCCAAGCUUUUAUUGAAGGGACUAAACGAGACGGUGAACUGGAUUCUCAUCCGCAGCAAGAAAUUGAGCCUAAAACGAACUUACCAUACACUGAAUCUUCAGGGCCGGUGGAGCUGGAGUUGAUGAAGACUCUGAGGCCCGUGUCUCUCUCUCUGAACACUCUGGUGUUGAUCUAUCUAUCUCUGGUUUGUGUCCUGCUGUUGUCCUCCUGUUACAUGGCCUUCAAGAUCGUGUCUCUCGAGGAACGUCUGACAUCUCUUGUGUCAAUGGAGUUUCCCCAUAAAAGAGAUGAAUAUCUGUCCUCUGGAGACACCGCUGAGAUCUACUCGGUUCUUUCUGCAAAUCUUCUAAAGCUGGAAAAGAUUCAUAGAAACCUGCAGAGACUGAUGGAGAGCGUGUCUGAUGUCUGACGGAAGAUCGAGGCCAGUCACUGUCGGGAUUUCAAUGUGUUUAUACUGUGAAAAAAA